GCGAGCAUCCCAAUGUUUGAAAUCUAGCCGCCAUGGCAGAGGCUGAAUGCGCAGUGCCUGACGCCCUGGCCGGCGAACUUAGCCGCUGGCGGCGUGAGGUGUGUGGCACCUGCGGCACCAGCGCAAUGUUCUACUGUCCUUACUGUUGCACUCCCCUGGGAGUUCCAGAAGGUGUGAUGGUUCCAACGGCGAGGCUGCCCUUUGCUCGGUGCGACAUCAUCUUUGAUGACGCGCCCAAGAAGGCCACCAGCAUCCAUGCCAAAGUUCUGGCACCGGAGCAGGUUCGGUUGAUUGACCUUUUCACGGGAGAGGGCAAUUCCAACCGCACCCUCAGCCGGCCAGCUGGAAGCACGGGGCCAAAGGAGAUGGGAAAGUGCCAAAGCCCUCAAGGCGAAGCAGAGAGCGUGCUGCGCGAAAUCCCUGAGUACGAUCCGCAUGCCACACUGGUGCUCUUUCCGGAUGACUCCAGUGCAACCUAUCAUGAGGUGACUUCUGAAAACGGACUUGCGCCUUUGGAUGGGCUGACUCUUGUAGUGAUCGACUCUCCGUGGAAGAGGGCACAGGUGCUUCGCAAGCACCCACGGCUAGCGAAUCUGCGAUCAAUCAGAUUGGGGCAUCCUCCGCCCUCGCGUUUCUGGCGCUAUCACUCCGAGGGAACAGGCUGUGUCUCAACUGUAGAGGCCCUGGCAGCGCUCGCCAAAGAAGUGUCCUCUGAAGGAGGAUCCGCAAGCGGGGCUGCCGGCUUGGACCCUAUGCUGGAGGACCCAUUGCUCUUCUUCUUCGUUCGGCAGUUUGCCUACAUCUCUGAGAGACAUGUUUCUGCAGGUGCUGAACGGCCCAUGGACGCAACUGCCAAGCAGCGCCGCAUGGAUCAGGUGCGGCAGAAGGACCGCGUCAAGCGGCCAAAGCUGCGGCCAUACGGUCCAGAGGCACGACGCUUGUCCGGCCCGCGCCUACCUGCCUGAC